GCGUUCAUGUUCCGCCAGGAGCAGCCGCUGGCCGAGGGCAGCUUCGCGCCCAUGGGCUCCCUGCAGCCGGACGCGGGCAACGGCAGCUGGAACGGGAGCGAGGCGCCUGGGGGCGGCGCCCGGGCCACCCCUUACUCCCUGCAGGUGACGCUGACGCUGGUGUGCCUGGCUGGCCUGCUGAUGCUGUUCACGGUGUUCGGCAACGUGCUGGUUAUCAUCGCCGUGUUCACCAGCCGCGCGCUCAAGGCGCCCCAGAACCUCUUCCUGGUGUCCCUGGCCUCAGCGGACAUCCUGGUGGCCACGCUGGUCAUUCCUUUCUCUUUGGCCAACGAGGUGAUGGGUUAUUGGUACUUCGGGAAGGUGUGGUGCGAGAUCUACCUGGCUCUCGACGUGCUCUUCUGCACGUCGUCCAUCGUGCACCUGUGCGCCAUCAGCUUGGACCGCUACUGGUCCAUCACGCAGGCCAUCGAGUACAACCUGAAGCGCACGCCGCGCCGCAUCAAGGCCAUCAUUGUCACCGUGUGGGUCAUCUCGGCCGUCAUCUCCUUCCCGCCGCUCAUCUCCAUAGAGAAGAAGGGCGCGGGCGGCGGGCCGCAGCCGGCGGAGCCUAGCUGCAAGAUCAACGACCAGAAGUGGUACGUCAUCUCGUCGUCCAUCGGCUCCUUCUUCGCGCCUUGCCUCAUCAUGAUCCUGGUCUACGUGCGCAUCUACCAGAUCGCCAAGCGGCGCACCCGCGUGCCGCCCAGCCGCCGGGGCCCGGACGCCGGCUCGGCGCCGCCGGGGGAGGCCGAGCGCAGACCCAACGGCCUGGGCCCGGAGCGCGGCGCGGGCGCCGAGGCCGAGCCGCUGCCCGCCCAGCUCAACGGCGCCCCGGGGGAGCCCGCGCCCGCGGGGCCCCGUGACGGGGAUGCGCUGGACCUGGAGGAGAGCUCGUCGUCCGAGCACGCCGAGCGCCCGCCGGGGCCCCGUCGACCCGAGCGCGGGCCCCGGGCCAAGGGCAAGCCCCGGCCGAGCCAGGUGAAGCCGGGGGACAGCCUGGCGCGGCGCGGGCCCGCGGGGCUCGGGGCCGCGGGGCCCGGGCCGGGGCCGGGAGAGGAGCGCGGCGGCGCCGCCAAAGCGUCGCGCUGGCGCGGGCGGCAGAACCGCGAGAAGCGCUUCACGUUCGUGCUGGCCGUGGUCAUCGGCGUGUUUGUGGUGUGCUGGUUCCCGUUCUUCUUCACCUACACGCUCAUAGCGGUCGGCUGCCCCGUGCCCUACCAGCUCUUCAACUUCUUUUUCUGGUUCGGCUACUGCAACAGCUCCCUGAACCCGGUUAUCUACACCAUCUUCAACCACGACUUCCGCCGCGCCUUCAAGAAGAUCCUCUGCCGCGGGGACAGAAAGCGCAUCGUGUGAGCGCGGGCCCUGCCCUGCUCGCGGACACUGGCACGAUGCAGGCGCUGGGCUUUGAGGGGGCGCGUCUGCGCUUGCAGCCCCAGCCCUCGGAAACCCGGACCCUUCUGCUCCACGUGUUAUCUAGCUCGGAGGGAGCUCGGUGGCCUUUGAGAGCGCCUUUUGUUACAUGUGUGAAGUUCUGGCUGAGAGGGACACACAUGGUUGUCAUGGUUGUUCCGACCCUAGGCCGUUUUCCUGGGGCUCCCACUGAUCAGUAUUGUUUCUGAUGCUAUUGUCACCCUCUCCCCUAGUCUUGACUCUCCCAAGCUCUUCCAAGCAAGCGCUCUACUAGAGAGGGCAUGGGUUAAUGACCAAGAUUUCCUAGCCAUGGCUAAUUACCACCCUCCCACCUUUAAAACCCCCCCUCCAGGGCAGCCCUGCCUACCCUCCCCAGCCCCACUGUAAAUAUACAUUAUUUUUGAUAACGUACUUUGGGUUCCUCCGCGUUGGCCUUGACGCAAUGUUGGAAUCAUGGCUGUGCAGACGCCCUCCAGUCAGACACAGAAGGUGGCUGAUCCGGCCAGACCAAGCUCUUUGCAAUGCAAGCCCUUUUCUAGUGUCAUUAUGUUGCUCUCAGUGCUUUUCACCAGUAACUGGUGACUGUCUCUUGGACACGGACCUGCUUUGAGAUUUCCUGACAGGGAAUGGAUUUCUGUUCAUUUUUCCCCCGUGCCUAACAGCAUAAUUGCCUUUUCCUAUGUAAAUAUUACAGCGAUGGACCAAGACAGAAGGAAAUGAACUUUCUGCCUUGCAUCAGCCCUGUGUAUAAAGCCAUUAUUCUCUGAGGCACCAUUUGCCCCAGUAACUCACUUUCAAACAGACUUUGCUUUUCUUCCCUCCUUUGGGGCCAAGGCUUGAAGAAGAGUGUGUCUGUUUGUAUCUUGUAUGUGUGCGGCCCCUCCCCAGAAAGUGCUGACUAAGGGAGAAUCAUCUAGCUGCUGUUUUUAGACACACAGGACUGGAAAUUAUGUGGAAGAAACAAACCUGAUACGAUUUGCCAAGGUAAACAGUGAGAGAAGACAAAUGGGCCUGCCUCACUGCACAGUGCCAGGAGCUCUUAGGUAUCAAAGUGUUACCUUCCCCCUGCUUUUCUGGCUGAGAUCAUGUCACUAAUGAAUUGCCAAAGUCAGGGAGUGGGCAGAGACUUCGUGUUUACAACCCAGUUUCUCCUUAUUCUAGGCGGACAGUGGGAGGCCUGUGCUGAUUUCAAAAAGAAAAACUAAAUGUCGGCACUUGUUGCUCAUGACAAAUAAAGUUUACAGAUCAAAUGUGAAAUAAACAUGGAUUAAGUGGUCCUCCUGUCUGGAA